AUGGACUUUGUGUGUCUAAUACAAGUAAGACUAGAAGGUCGCGAUAGACCGGUUCACGUCGAAUACACACAGGGCACUUCAGUACAAGCAGUUCUGGAACGGGCUUGUAGAACUUUAGGAAUAUAUGAUUCGUGGAACUAUGCUCUCUACAGUUUACUGUUCAAGAGUUGGUUAUGCGAUUCACAUCUAUUAUCAUCGUAUCCAGCUGAGGAUACGUUAAUAGUUCGAAAAAAGACACCACAGUAUUUGGAAUUAACGUAUAAUGAGGAAAAUCCAAAAAAGCGCUCAAUGUCAACAACAUCACUAAGUCCCAACAUCCAACCCGCAAAACGACGCGGAAUAUUCAGUCAAAAAACAUGCUUGAAAACACGAUUUCAACAAGAAACAAUCUAUCUCUCUGCGAUUCUAUUCACAAGCGACAGCAAAAUACUGAUAACAUCCGGAUCGAGAAUGUUUCCCACAGUAGAAGUGAUCCGUGAUCAACAAAGAUUUGGAAACUUUGAGACAGACUGUGAGGAGUUCUCUCUUGUACUUCGUACGUCGUUGGAUUGGGCGACAUCCACGGAUUUUGAUAAAGAUGAAAAUAUUAGCGAUACGGAUUCUAUACAUUCUGCGCAUUCGAAUACCAACUCUAUAUGGGCACGCGCAUUUGGCCAAGCUGUUGUGAAACUGAAGAAUGAGUUAUCAUUAGACACACUGGGCACGUUAUAUGAACAUGUAGUCCCGAUGUCCUUGUCAAAAUCAAAAUUUAUUGUCACCAUGCAACAUAUUCCACAGCAAUUCAAGGAUGACAUUGCCCCGGAUUUGAUCAAAUCCGGAACACUAAAAUGGAAAAAUUUUGACGAGACAAAUUCAAUCUAUGCAAAAGAAGGACAAUCCGUCUGGAUAAAUUACAUUGAAAAGUGGUGUUCACGACAAUCGAAACUAUCACCCGGUUUAUACCUCGGAGUACUGUACACCGAAAGCACACUCCAAGGAAUUCGAGUAUUGGUCCCUCAAGACCGUAAACAAUUCAUCCCACUGGAAAAAAUUCGUGACGAUGCAAAUAUCACGCCGGAAGAAGCGUCGUGGGUGAAAUCGCUGACUUGUCUAAGUCCCGAUUGUUUUAUGGAUUUGGUGGAGGCUGCGGCUGAUGAUCAUAAUGACCACCACCCGUCGUCUUCUCACGUAUCGUCGCCAUCGACUAUUUUUGGCAGAUUCCAGACGUCGUUCAUGGAUUCGUAUCAUAAGUUGCAGCUGGACACGAAUCUUACGUGGGACUCGCACGAUAUUUAUGGCGAGCAGACGGUCGAUAUUUAUUUGGAUUUGCAGAAUAAUCAAAUGUUUACGAUGAUGGGUGAACUUGAUGAUCAUAUCGAGGGACAAACUGUGAGUGCGUCGGCUUUUAAUGCUGAAAGUCCUCUUACUGACGUUCCCCAGUUACAUUCUUCACCAUCAUUGAGAAAUGAAAAAUUAUCAAGAUUAUCAAGAAGAAAAUCAUCGUUUUUCACGCCUACAAGUGAAAAAAGAAAAACAGCACCGGCUAUUUUGGCACAUGCAAAAAUUCCGUCGUUUUCUGAUGCUCCUCCGUUACCCGAUGUACAUUUUAUUUCUCUUGCUAAUAAUGAACAACAGCCACCAAUAGUUCAAAAAGAAGAUAUAAUUAAAAAUGAAGAAUCAGCUUCAUCACAAGAUCAAAUGGAGCAAGAACAAAAUAAUGAAGAUAAUAGUGAUAAUGAUGAAGCAAUUGCUGCUAACGUAAUUUCAAUAACUCCUGCUGCAGUCACACAAGAAAACAUUAAAGCUAUCAACGAAUCAUCUGGCCAAGACAGCAGUACAACCUCGAAUUCAAACGAAGAUGAAGUUGUAACUGCGUUAGAAGAAGGAUCAACCGGGGAAAUGGAAGUUGAAGCACCAGAACCUCGACCUAAAGAGGAAGAAGACGAAAUCAAUUCAGUAAUAAAAUCUUCCGAUUCAACAGGCGGCGCUACAUCUGUAGCCGGUGAAACAACCUCUACAGCAGUAGCAAGCACAGUCAACGGAUCAUUCAACACUGCAGCAAACUCGAUGAAACCAUUCAUCCGCGUAAUCCUCAUAGUCAAACCGAUGCGACAACCCCACCAAACCCGCGAACCAUACCGUUCCGGUCUCUGUAUUCUUUACCCAUUUCACUUAUUCGACGCGCUCCAACACGCCACAUUUAAUGCAUGCCUAUACGCUUCUUCCCGCCGCGCAAUGCAAAUCCUUCAAGCCUCAAAAGUCUAUUUCACACAAGACCUCGUGCGGUAUUUACAGCGUCUAGAUAAUUUCUGCGAAGUGACUGAACAGAACGUCGAGGACUACUUUUUUGACUCGGAAGAUUUCCAGAAUGCCCCGGAGGAGGUGAAGAAGAUACAACAAGCGUUGGAGAUUAUCAGGGAUGAGAUUAAUGGGUUGAAGGCGCAGUGGAAUGCUGUGUCAUGGUCGAUGACGGUUAUUGAGUGGGAUCGGCAACGGACUAUGCAGUCGUAUAGUUUUGGCGCGAGACCUAGUGUGCAUUCGUCGACGAGUGGUGGUAGUAAUGGAAAAUUUAGUGUUGGUGGAAAUGGUAACGGAAAUCGUGCUGCAUCGGUUUAUAAUAUGAAAGCUGACGAGUCAAAUGAUUCGGAUAGUACGAGUAUGUCGACAAUAAGACCUUCUGAUACAGCUGCGCAAAUUGAAUUUUUACGUGAUAUGAUGUUACACGCUCCAGAUCGUGCAUGGCAACACAUACGCACGAUCGGAGCACCAAUACCAAUAGUCAAUGCCGACGGGACAAGUUCACGUCCAAACAAUCUUGGCAGAUCAUUGUCCUCUUCUUCAUCAGGAAACACAUCAACAAGACCUCGCCCUCCAAUAGGCCCAUUACUAACACAAUUCUUUGCCACGUCCUCCGCCAUAAAUUCUCUUUCAUCCAACUCAACGACACCAAUAGUUAAUCGCUCAUCUCCUUCAUCAUCUAUUGACGGCUCCUCUGAAUUCCCGCCAAUACAAAGACGCCAACGAUCGUCAUCUGUGUCAUCUGUGUCAUCUGUUACGUCUACAAGAUCAGCUAAUAUGCCUAUACGAAAGAAGUCGGCGGGGCAUCGGUUGAUGCGUACCCUUGGAUUUGGAAACAGUAGUCAGGGAUCAAAUGAACAACCACCGCCCGAGAUUCCUAAAUCUGCGAAACGCAGUAACAACAAAAAAGAAACAAAGAAAAAUAUUACUGAAGAUCAUUAUAUUAUCCUUGAUGAUGGAAACGAUAAUAUUAGUAUUGAUGAAAAGACAUUACUACAACAGGAGCUACCAGUCAAUCAAGAAAAUAAUGUCCCGAUUAAACUAUUGAAUAAUGCACUUGAAUCAUCCAUUGUUACUCCUCCACCGUUGACUCCACUUACUCCUACUUUUAUACUUAAUGCUAAUGGGGAACCAGUUGCUGAAGAAACUAAGUCUAAAAACAAUAAUAUUAAUGAUGCUAUUACAUCAUUAUCGUCAUCCGAAAAUAAUAGUGCCAGCAAUAAUAAUUUGAUGGUAGCAUCUCUUAAUAAUCAAGAACAACAAUCGAUUCCUAUUACAUUAGCAACAGCUCAACACGCACGCAUUUCAAUGAUCUCUAACUCUGAUUCGUUGUCGUCCGAUGGAAGUAAUCGAAUGUCCACUGUUUCAAACGACACCGUGAUCACUACCGAUACUUCAGUCUCAACUACUUCGUCUGAUGACCAAGAUGUGUCGUUGUCAUCUAAUCCAAAUGUUGAAAAUCAACAAGAAUCAGAGAGGUCUGACAACAGUAACACUGCGGAAAUUUCGUACAGUUUGUCACCUGAACCAACGAUUAGUGGUGAUAACGAUGAUGAUAUUGAUGAAUUGCAAAAGCAGGAGCAAGAUAAAGAACAAGUUGUUUUUGUUGAUGCUACUGAAUCAGAAACUAUGGAAACCAAAAAUCAUGAGAGUGAAGAGAAUGUUAUUGUCAUUAGUGAUGAUGAGAGCAAAAAACAAGAAAAUAAUGUCCAAGAUAAUGGUAAUAAUCUAAAGACUGUAGAGAUUGUUGUUUCUGAAGCAACUAAUGACAAUAAUACAUUAAACAAUGUUAUUAUUAUUGAGCCAAUCGAGCAUUCACAAAAUCUUUCAUUCACAGAUGAUACAUCAACAACAAUAAAUGGUUCUAAAGACCAACAACGACCGUCAAUCACGAUCUUUAGAGAAGGCGACGAAAACUAUGAAGCACAAGAUUCUUUGGAACCAACCAAAGAAGAAAAACCAAGACUCUUAGUGACCGCAGAUCUUUUAGUCGCGGCCGAUUUGUCAGAGGAUGACGACGAUUUAUUUGUUGAAGAUGAAUUUGGUUCUGAGUCUGUAAUAACAACAACUACAGAUAUUGUUGUUCUUGAUCAAGAGCAUCAUGUUAUAAUUGCAAAAGAAGAAAAAUUAAUGACUGAGACUUCGUCAUUGGAAGAUGAAGAUAACGUAAAGGAACAACAAGAAGUAUUGUCAGAAAAUAUUAUUAUCACUGAAGAGUCAAUGGAAUCAACAAAAACUGACCAAGAAACUGUCAAUGAAUCUGAGAUAACAUCCACAUCAUUAGCUAUUUCGGAGUCGACAUUAUCGUCUGAAAAUAAUGAUGGAAUAAAAAAUAAUGAACAAUCUUCCGUCCAAAAUCAUAUUGAAGAUGAUUACUUAUUAACAGAACUAAUUGCUGAUGAAUACGAUACCUUGGAGAAACCGUCGUUACAGAUAACAAAAGAUCUACCGCCUCUUUCAAAAGAUCAAAAUACUGACGAUGACGAUGAGAAUGAAAAACAAUUAACUACUACUAAUUCCUCCACAACAACCAGUUCUACAACUUCUACUUUUGAACCUACAAUACAAUCAUCAUCAUCCGAUCCAAACAUAUUAACGCCCCAAAUUUUUGAAGACCCGAAAUUACAAACUUUCACGGAGGAAUUAGCAGGUGUGACACUCGCCGAGGAAUUAUUACGUGUAGCACUUGCGGAAGAGUUUAAUAAUAAACCUGUUACCAUAACACCACCAUCAUCCAUAAUAAUAUCUGGGGAAAAGGUCACCACCAAUAAUAGAUUUUCGGAAAUAACUAGCAGUAGCAGCGGUAGAUCUUAUGUGAAUGUGAAUGAAGAAGUCAAAAAAUUGGCAAGUGUAAUUGCUGAAGUUAAGCAAUCGGCAACAUUGAUUGCUGCACAAGUCAAACCGGUGCAACAACAACAGCAGCACCCUCCAUUACCACCUCCGACUUCAAAACCGUUGCCUAUACAGCAACAAAGGGACCGUGUUAAACCAACUCCGAAUUUGAUUGCAGGUCAAAAUAUGAAAUUGAGACCAUUGACGCUUUUGGAAGAACUGGAAAAAGAUUCUUAUUUAUCAUCAUCAUCACGUAAUUCUUCAAAUAGCAGCAACAGCAAUAAUUUACCAUCACCACCAAUCUCGACAGAAAUUUCUCCUGCUUCAACUCCUGAACCUUCCCAAAAUAAUUCAUCAUCAUUAGAUCUUCCUCCACUUCCAGAUUCACCGGUUACGGCGGCAAUGACCACAGAAUCUUCCGCCGGAUCUUCUACGCCAACUUCAUCAAAGAAAAAGCGCCAUUCACCGGGAACCUCGCAAUCUUUUCAAGCUCCACUGCUGCCGCCGCAAACUUCAAAAUGGCACACACGAUCUAUUUCUUCAGAAUCUCAACAAAAAGGUGGGGGAACAUUACGUAAAAGACGCCCUUCAAAAAUUGUUUUACCUUCACAAUUAACUCCUCCUACACUCUCAGUUCCACUAUCAAAAUCCGCCCCAACUACACCAUCAUAUCGUGUUUCUGCACGUAAUCAUAUUCCUCCACCGUUACCUUUACCACCACUUUCUGCUCGUUUGAGUCCUCCACCGUUGCCAUUACCCUCAACUUCACCAAAUGGCGGCGGAGAAUCUAAAAUUCCACUUCCUUCAUCAUCUAAUUCGAAUUCACGAAAAAAUUCUCAAACCCUAAAAUCUCCAUUGAAUUCACCUCCUGCUACCACAAUUCCAGGCCCAUUUUCUUCUACGCAUACGAGACCAGCUACCCCAGCAAAGAUCAAUUCGGGUUCAACAUCAAUGACAAGAAAUCCACCACCGCUUCCACUUCCUCCUGCUUCUUCGCGAAUAACACCAAGUCCUUAUGUUCUCUCGCAGCAGACUCCACGUGUUAACCCUCCACCACUGCCUUUACCUCCUGCAUCUGCAUCGCCAUUCUUUGCAAAAUUAAAGAAUUACAAGGCAAAACAAGAGGUUCAAGAACAAAGGGAACAAAGGAAGAAAUUUUUGCAAUUCUUACCUCAAGAAGCUCAAAUGCAACAGGAACGAGAACGACUUGAACAGCAAUCAUCGCAACAACAAGAACAAAAGGAAGAAAAAUCUCAAGAGACAUCAUCAUCAACAGAAAUAGCACAAGAACAAUCAAAAUCCGAGUCCAAGGUUACUGAAGAAUCAGCUGCUGCUACAAAAGUAGAUGAGACAACAAGACCAACAACGCCAAGGACUCCAAGAACUUCAUCAUUAAAGAAUUUUGAACAAAUGAUAUUCCCAUCAUUAUCAUCAUUCAAAUCUUAUGUUGCUACUUCUGAUGCUUCUGGAUCAAGUUCUCAAAAUCCAGAAAUAUGUGAAAAUGUUCAAGAACAAAAAAGAUCACUGUCUCGAUACACUCGAGCACGCGCAAAAUCGUUGGCUGAUGGAUUUUCAAAGAGACAAGUUCCCUCACUAUCCAAUAAUAAUUCACCACUUCCUGAUCAUCCUCGAUCACUUUUAAUGAAAAUGACUGAUGGUACCAAUAGCGGAAAUCGCGAGAUGCGAAGACGUGGAAGUGCAGCGUGGAUAACGAGACCAAGUACUAAUGGUGUUGCUGAUGCAAAUAGUGGAAUACCUGUUUUUUUGGCACUUGCAAAGAAUAACGGACCAUCAUCUUUCAUAAAACUACUAAAGAGCGUUCGUUUCGAGAUCCUUCGAUAUUGUGUAGCAAAUCGUUGA